AUGACUAAGAAAAUGAAGAGUUUGGAACAAAGUAUAAGAGAUAUGCAAGGACUAGGAGGCCACAAAGGCAUCUCAUUCAGUGACUUGUGUAUGUUUCCUCACGUCCAUUUGCCUGCUGGUUUUAAAACUCCAAAGUUUGAAAAAUGCGAUGGUCACGGAGACCCCAUAGCUCAUCUAAAGAGAUAUUGCAACCAAUUGAGGGGUGCAGAAGGCAAAGAAGAGUUACUUAUGGCCUAUUUUGGGGAGCUUAGUAGGGAUUGCAUCCGAAUGCAAUUCCAAUAUAAUAUUGACAUUGUGCCAGAUCGCUCCUCGUUAGCCAACAUGAGGAAAAAGAUCACGGAAAAUUUUUGUGAAUAUGCUAUCAGAUGGAGGGAACAAGCUGCUAGGGUUAAACCACCGAUGAAGGAGUCAGAGAUGAUUGACGUUUUCCUCCAGGCGCAAGAACCUGAUUACUUUCACUAUCUGCUUUCUGCCGUUGGGAAGACAUUUGCUGAAGUUAUUAAGGUAGGGGAAAUGGUGGAAAAUGGCAUCAAGUCUGGAAAUAUUGUAAGUCAAGCUGCCUUAAAAGCCACAACACAAGUGCUUCAAAAUGGUUCUGGAAAUAUUGGAGGGAAGAAGAGAAGGGAGGAUGUGGCCACUAUUGUAUCAGCGCCUAGGACUCAUGUCCAAGGUAAUUCCCCGCAACACUAUUUUCCUUCCCACGCUACACAAGAUUUUGUCCCAUACACUCCAUAUCAUGUUUUUAAUGCACAACCAAUUGCACCCCCUUCUUAUCCACAAUGGCGUGCACCAACUCCACAAAAUCAUCCACCACCCCCACAAGUUCAUCAAAAUACUGCUAGAAUUCCUUUCCGUCCUAGACCACAAUACAAAAAGGGAAAUGGCGUUAAAGAUGAGUUCACUCCUAUUGGGGAGUCGUAUGCUAGCUUGUUCCAAAAAUUAAGGACGCUGAAUGUUUUGAGUCCUAUUGAGAGAAAUAUGUCGAAUCCUCCCCUGAGAAAUUCGGAUUAUUCUCAACAUUGCGCAUAUUGUUCUAAUGCCCCAGGGCACAACAUAGAGAGAUGUUGGUAUUUGAAAAGGGCCAUUCAGGAUUUGAUCGAUUCUAAUCGAAUUAUAGUUGAAAGUCCGAGUGGACCCAACAUCAAUCAAAAUUCAUUGCUGAGGCAUACUGAAACAAACAUGCUAGAAAUGAUGAAGGGUCAUGAAGAGUUUGCAUCUCCGUGUAAGCCAAUCCUUAGGGUUGGAACUGGCAUUGAGAAGUCAGCAAAUGUUGUUGAUCUAACAAAAAUGAUGCCUUUAGGGGCGGAAAAUGUGUUAGAAAAGUUGAGUCCAUCAAACACACCCAUCUUAACUGUGAAAGGAGCCCUUGAAGAUGUUUGGGCAAGUCCGAGUAAGGCAAAAUCGUUUGUUCCAAAAAGGCCAAACAAACCUAUCUUGAUCGUGCAAGGGGCCCAUAUUCCUCCUGUGAUUAUCAGGCCAGUAUCCCAGCUCCCAAUGACUAACCCCAAAGCUGUUCCUUGGAAUUAUGAACCUACUGUCGUGACAUACAAGGGAAAAGAAGUUGAUGAAGAAAUAGAUGAAGUGGGAGGAAUAACCCGUUCAGGAAGAUGUUAUGUCCCGAUGGAAUUAAGGAAAACUAAAAAUGACCAAAUACAAAUAAAGAGUCCGGUCACUGAAGGAGAGGCAGAGGAAUUCCUAAGGAAGAUGAAACUAUCAGACUACUCCGUGGUGGAACAAUUAAGAAAAACUCCAGCCCAAAUCUCUUUGUUGUCUUUGCUAAUACAUUCUGAUGAACAUCGUAAGGCUGUAAUGAAAAUUUUGAAUGAAGCACAUGUUCCUAGUAAAGUUACAGUGUGUCAGUUAGAGAAGAUUGCUGGGAGAAUAUUUGAGGUAAACCGCAUCACCUUUUCAGAUGAUGAACUACCCAAAGAAGGUACAGGACAUAACCAAGGCCUACAUAUCACUGUAAAGUGUGAGCUUUCAUAUGUCACUCGAGUUCUAAUUGAUGGAGGAUCUGGAGCAAAUAUUUGUCCUUUAUCAACUCUACAGAAAUUGAAUGUUAGUGCUGAAAGGGUCCGACCCAACAAUGUAUGUGUUAGAGCUUUUGAUGGGUCAAAAACAGAUGUUAUUGGUGAGAUAGAGCUCGUACUAACCAUAGGGCCUGUGGAUUUCGCUGUGAAUUUUCAAGUGUUGGAUAUCAACGCGUCCUACAAUCUAUUGUUGGGGAGGCCAUGGGUGCAUAGGGCUGGAGCAGUCCCCUCAACGUUGCAUCAAAUGAUUAAGUUUGAAUACGACCGACAAGAGGUAAUUGUUCAUGGUGAGGGGGAUUUGUCAAUCUACAAAGACUCUUCCUUCCCUUUUAUCAAGGCGGAUAAUGAGAAUGAGGCACUAGUUUAUCAAGCUUCUGAGGUAGUGGUUAUUGAGCAUGUCCCCGAGGGGAGUGUCAUUUCAAAACCAAAUAUGCCCAUCGCGUCUGUAAUGGUGGUGAAUGAAUUGCUGAAACAUGGGUUUGAGCCGGGUAAAGGCUUAGGAAUCUGCUUGCAAGGAAGAGCUUAUCCUGUGAGUCUACGAAAGAGCAUCGGUACUUUUGGCUUAGGCUACCAACCUAGAGUCGAGGACAAAAUGAAGGCAAAGAAGCAGAAGAGAGAUGUAUGGUCACUUACCAAGCCUAUACAACCAAUCUACAAAUCUUUCAUCAAAGCCCGCGCAACAGAAUCUUAUCAAUCAUCUUUUCCAGAGCCAGUGAUGAAAGUAAGCGAAGAAAUGAUCAACUAUUUUCAAGAUUUAUUUGUCGAGGUUGAUAUGGUGGAACUCGGAGAAGGCACUAGCGACAGAGAUGUGCAAUUCAUUGGUCCUGAUGUCAAGCUAAACAAUUGGUUCCCCGUUAAAGACGAGUCUUGUUCUUUCUAUGCCGAUUCUAGUGAUAUGACAUGCAUGCAGAAUUUUUCGCCAGAUCUUAAUAUCCAAUCUAAUCUUCGACCUAAUAUUGAAAUAAUAAGUCAAGAAAUCGAAUAUGAUGAAGACAGAUUAUUUGAAGAAGUAAGGAGGGAUUUCAAUCAUUUUGAAAAUAAGUCAAAUCCAAAUAUGAGUGAAACUGAGACGAUAAAUUUGGGGGAUCAUGAAAUUAUUAAGGAGACUAAGAUAAGUGUACAUGUUCGACAUCAAAAGGACGAUAUAAUCCAGGCCCUGUUUGAUUACAAAGAUGUUUUUGUGUCAUCUUAUGAUGACAUGCCUGGAUUAAGCACUGACAUGGUUGUUCACAAGUUGCCAAUUGAUCCUAAUUUUCCUCCGAUAAAGCAGAAGUUGAGAAAACUCAAAAUCGACAUGAGUGUAAUAAUUAAAGAGGAGAUCACAAAACAACUUGAGGCCAAAGUCAUUCAAGUCUCUCAAUAUCCUUCUUGGUUAGACAAUAUCGUACUCGUCCCCAAGAAAGACGGCAAAGUUCGAAUGUGUGUUGAUUAUCGUGAUUUGAAUAAGGCAAGUCCAAAAGAUGAUUUUCCUUUGCCUAACAUCCAUAUUUUAUUGGAUAAUUGUGCUAAACAUGAGGUUGCAUCUUUUGUGGAUUGUUAUGCGGGCUACCAUCAGAUUAUUAUGGUUGAUGAAGAUGUAGAAAAAACAUCUUUUAUCAUUCCAUGGGGGGAAACUUAUAUGAGAGCAAUGACAACCAUGUUUCACGAUAUGAUGCAUAGAGGAAUCAAAGUUUAUGUGGACGAUGUUAUCAUUAAAUCUAAAAAACAGUCAAAUCAUGUGAAAGACUUAAGGAGAUUCUUCGAAAGGCUCCGCAGGUAUAAUCUCAAGCUUAAUCCUGCAAAAUGUGUAUUUGGAGUACCAUCGGCGAAGCUUUUGGGGUUUAUAGUCAGUCGAAGAGGUAUCGAGUUGGAUCCUUCAAAAAUAAAAGCAAUUCAAGAAUUGCCACCUCCAAGGAACAAAACUGAGCAUGAUGACACUAUGAAGAAAGAGCGGGCCAUUUAUUACCUUAGCAAGAAGUUUACCGUUUACAAAGCGAAGUACACCCUUCUUGAAAGAACGUGUUAUGCCCUAACUUGGGUAGCACAGAAGUUGAAACAUUAUCUUUCAUCUUACACUACUUAUCUCAUCUCUCGUAUGGAUGCGUUGAAAUAUAUUUUUCAAAAGACCAUGCCCACAGGAAGGCUUGCGAAAUGGCAAAUAUUGCUCACAGAGUUUGACAUUAUCUAUAUAACGCGGACCGCAAUGAAAGCUCAAGCAUUGGCAGAUCAUUUGGCAGAGAACCCUAUUGAUGAAGAAUAUGAACCACUUAAAACCUAUUUUCCAGAUGAAGAGAUAUCUUGUAUAGAUGAAGUUAUUCACGAUAACAAUCAAGGUUGGAAGUUAUUCUUUGAUGGUGCCUCUAACAGGAUAGGAGUUGGAAUAGAAGUUGUUCUUAUGUCUAAUCAGGGGAGUAUUACCCUAUAUCAGCCCAACUUAGAUUCUAUUGUACUAAUAAUAUGUCUGAGUAUGAAGCGUGCAUUUUGGGUCUAA